AUGGGCCAAAUUCUCUCUUCGCCCAUAACUACAAAGCAUACGACAGAAGGAAAGGAUGAACGUCUUUCUUUUGGCGCCUCGUCUAUGCAAGGAUGGAGAAUAAGCAUGGAAGAUGCCCAUAGCCAUCAUUUAAGUUACAAUGAUACAGGUGCUGCUUUUUUCGCAGUAUUCGAUGGGCAUGGAGGUGCGAAGGUUGCAAAAUAUAGUAGUCAACAUUUACCCUCACUAGUGAUAGAAUCUGACGAAUUCAAGAAUGGAGACUUUAAAGAGAGCCUAAGACGAGGCUUUCUACAGAUUGACACCAAACUACGCGCAGAUCCUGAAUAUGAACAUGAAACCUCAGGUUGCACUGCCAUUGUUGCAAUGUUAACCAAAGAUAACGUGCUAUAUGUGAGUAACGCCGGCGACUCAAGGGCCAUCAUUUGCACAAAUGGUACUGCUAUUGCUCUCUCGCAAGACCAUAAACCCACCAAUCAGAAAGAAAAAGAUAGAAUUGUAAAUGCUGGAGGGCACGUCGAGUUUGGUCGCGUCAAUGGAAAUCUUGCUCUAUCAAGGGCUUUAGGUGACUUUGAGUUCAAGAAUAAUCCUACUUUACCAGCAGAAAAACAAGCAGUGUCAGCUGAACCUGAUAUCACCAUGCACAAAAUCACUGAAAGAGACGAGUUUAUCGUUUUAGCUUGCGACGGCAUUUGGGAUUGUAUGACUAAUCAAGAAGUGGCAAAUUUCGUAAGAAAGAACGCUGCCAACAACGUUUCUUUGAAAGAAAUCUGUGAAAAGUUGAUGGAUAACUGUCUCGCAGACUCUUCCAAUACAGGCGGUGUGGGAUGUGACAAUAUGACAGUCGAAAUCAUAGCUUUUCUGAAUGGUAAAAAUGAGAAACAAUGGUUUAGUAGAAUUAGGGACUCUGUGGCAGCUAUCAGUCCUACCGAUAUAGAAGGCAGUAUCAAUUAUAAAUAUGGUUCCUCUGAGGAUGCUCAUAAUGAUGACGACAACGCGAAGAAACAAGUAGUAGAUCAACCUUGUUAG